AUGACCUCCAGGCUCGACCGUCUAGUCACUUUACUUGAGACAGGCAGUACGCCCGUCAUCCGGAAUACUGCCGCCCAGCAGCUGGCAGAUGUCCAGAAGCAACAUCCUGACGAGCUGUUUAAUCUCCUGGGGCGCAUUCUGCCCUAUCUGAAAUCCAAGACAUGGGACACCCGGACAGCCGCAGCUAAGGCCAUUGGCCUUAUUGCUGCCAACGCUGAGCCCUAUGACCCAAACAAGGAUGAUGGACUGGAGAUCAAGAAGCCUGAAGAUGACGAUGAUGUCGAAAUCAAGACAGAGGAAACUCCGUCGUCACCGGAUGAUUUGCUUCAGCUUGAUAAUCUGGACAUAGCAUCUAUCCUGAAAUAUGGCAAGAAGCUGCUUGGCAGCGCUGGUAAAGAAUAUGAAUACUCCCUUGCCGGCAUGGACCCUGCUGCGAGGUUGCAACAUCAGAAGAAAACCUUGAUUUCCCGUCUUGGAUUGGCGGGUGAGUACAUUGAUAACGACCUGAUCGACGAGAAUGACGUCGUCUCUCAUUCGCGCACCAUGUCGGGAUCCAAAGGAGACAAGUCGAUUACCUCCGUGUCGCGACAGGAUAGUAUGAACAAUGGUUCCCCUCAAGCCUUGCAGUCACCUAGUGAGCAUCCGAAUGGCGAAGAGACCAGCGGCCUCAGCAAGCGUCAGCUGAACCAGCUCAAGCGGAAAAACAAGCAGAACGCAAAGAUGGGUGCUAACAAGGUCCGUGUCGUGGAUCUUUCGUCUCGAAGAGCAUCGGAUGCCGUCCCCUCCCCACCAGUUGCCACCCCCCAUGCCGUCAAGACAGAAAUGGGAGAUGACGGUGAUCGCAAGCCGGACUACUUCUCUCUCGAGCGAGAAGGUGGUGAUGACGAAACCAAAAUCGUCUCGGAGUUCAAAGGUCCAGUUGUUCCGGAGAAACCGGCAAUCCAGACUGAGGCCGAAGAACAAGGUUUGGAAUGGCCAUAUGAGCGCAUGUGCGAAUUUCUAAUGGUCGACCUCUUUGAUCCAAACUGGGAAGUUCGCCACGGCGCCGCAAUGGCACUCCGUGAAGUGGUCCGUGUUCAGGGUGCCGGUGCCGGGCGCGUCCAUGGCAAAUCGAGAGCGGAAAACAACAUUCUUAAUCGCAAAUGGCUCGAGGAUUUAGCCUGCCGCUUACUUUGCGUAUUCAUGUUGGAUCGCUUCGGCGAUUAUAUUUCGGAUAACGUUGUUGCUCCCAUUAGAGAAAAUGUCGGUCAGACCCUGGGUGCCGUCUUAGCUCACUUGCCCUCUCGAUCAGUCGUCCUGGUCUAUCGGAUCCUCCACCGGAUAAUCAUGCAGACGGACCUGGGUCUUGACCGGCCCAUCUGGGAGGUUUGCCAUGGCGGUAUGAUCGGCUUAAGAUACCUCGUAGCGGUCCGGAAAGACCUCUUAGUGAAGGAUUCGAAAUUGAUGGAUGGAGUGCUGGAGGCCGUCAUGAAGGGACUAGGCGAUUAUGACGAUGAUGUACGUGCUGUCAGCGCGGCCACUCUCGUGCCCAUCGCCGAAGAGCUCGUUGCUUCACGCCCCGGAACUCUGAAUACUUUGAUCAAUAUUGUCUGGGAAUGUCUUUCGAAUUUGCAGGACGAUCUCAGCGCCAGUACGGGAUCUGUAAUGGAUCUGUUGGCCAAACUCUGUACGUUCCCAGAGGUUCUUGAUGCAAUGAAGGCCAACGCUGCAGAUGAUCCAGAGGCCUCAUUCGGCAAUCUGGUCCCGCGCCUCUAUCCUUUCCUGAGACACACCAUUACCAGUGUGCGGCUAGCCGUUCUGCGAGCCCUCAUAACUUUCCUACAGCUCGAAGGUGAGGGUACCAAUGCGUGGGUCGAUGGCAAAGCGAUGCGCCUGAUAUUCCAGAACCUGCUGGUUGAGCGGAAUGAAGGUGUCUUGAAGCAAUCUCUCCAGGUCUGGUUCGAGCUGCUUAAAGCUCUAGAGGCGCGCGAUUUUUUCAAAUCAGAGGCACCCUUGGGUUCGCACAUCCAGCCACUCAUUACCCUAACUAUGGGUCCUUUCGGUGUCCCUCGAUACCCGAUACCCAUGAACGCGUCUUUGUUCAUCAAGCCAUCAGGGUUACCGUACUCGAAUGCUGCGGCCACCACUAGGAAACCGUCUCCCAGCAGGGCUUCUGCAGGUGCUGAAUCUUCCACAAAGGGUCGUCGGCGAAAGGCCGAGAAGAAGGAAGCACCUCCCCCCUCAGCCCACAAUGUUGACGGCCAUAUGCUGCAAGGAGAUGUUGACUUAGUCGGUGCGGACACCUUGGUGAGAUCCAAGAUCUAUGCGGCACAGGCUCUGGGUCACUUCCUCUUUAUUUGGGACUCGAACAAUCUCCCUAGUCUUUGGCAAUCCGUCUUGCCUGGGCUCAGCUGGCCAGGUUCAACCUCGCAGCUUGCAGCAGCCAUGGUCGUCGAAGAGUAUGCCAAACGUGCUGGCCCCAGCGGGAAGUACACAGCAUUGUUAUGCGAAUCGUUGCGGCCCAUCGUUGAGGCUGAGCGACCUCCCUGGUAUAGUGACAUUGCUUGCUACCUUCAUAUUGCACGAGCGCAAUGCCAUUCGCUCCUGAACGCCUUCCGAGACCAUGCGCACGUUCCAGCAGGACGACUACCGACUUUAGCGGUCCUCGUCCAGGGAGACAACGACGCAGGUCCUAAUGCCUUUUCCAUCAGCGACGCCGAAAGGGUUAUUGGACCUGAAUUUGAGCGUCUGAAGAAGAGUCUGACACCCGCUCAACGUGUUACUGCUCUUCAGGUCUUGAAUGAUACGCGGGCGAGUGCCGAGUCGGCCAUCGAAGACGCAAAGGCCAUCAAAGAACAGAGGGACAUGCGCAUUCGGGCUGCAACAGCGGGCGCCUUGGUAGCCUUGCAAGACAUCCCUAAGAAACCCAGCCAUAUCAUCAAGGGGAUGAUGGACAGCAUAAAGAAAGAGGAGAACAGCGAACUUCAACAACGGUCUGCGUCAGCGAUUGUGAAUUUAAUCGACUAUUAUACGGCAUCCACGAAGCGAGGACCUGUGGACAAGGUGAUUGGCAACCUGGUCAAGUAUUGCUGUGUGGACACGUCGGAGACGCCCGAGUUCCAUCCUAAUGCGCACCUCGAGAAGUCUAUAUUAUCGCUCCGCAAAGAGGAAGACCGCAGAGAUCAUGCCGAUCCAGCGAAGUACGAGAAGGAGGCCAAGGAGGCAAGGAUCAUGCGGAGAGGAGCUAAAGAGGCUCUGGAGCAGUUGGCCGUCAAAUUUGGGCCUCAGCUCUUGGAGAAGGUCCCUAAUCUUACGUCUUUGAUUGAGCGGCCGCUGAGGGAGGCGCUCACGGGAGAGCUGCCGGCCAACAUCCGCGACCCGGAGAAUGAACUGGGCCAAGAAGUUAUCGAUGGAUUAUCUACACUUCGUGCUCUUGUACCCAAGUUUGAUUCCGGUCUCUACCCUUGGGUCGUCAAUCUCAUGCCUAUCAUCGCCAAAUCGUUGCAGUGCGAGCUUUCUGUCAUCCGUUACGCGGCUGCCAAGUGCUUUGCAACCGUGUGCAGCGUUAUAACGGUCGAAGGCAUGACCAUGUUGGUCGAGAAGGUGCUUCCUACGAUAACCAAUGCUUUGGAUGUCCAUCAUCGCCAGGGUGCCGUCGAAUGUAUAUAUCACCUCAUACACGUUAUGGAGGACGGCAUUCUCCCGUACGUCAUAUUCCUCAUUGUCCCUGUCCUCGGAAGGAUGAGCGAUUCCGAUAACGACGUGCGAUUACUGGCGACAACUUCGUUUGCUACUCUCGUCAAGCUUGUUCCUCUUGAGGCAGGGAUUCCAGACCCACCGGGUCUCUCAGAGGAGUUGCUCAAGGGGCGUGACCGUGAGAGGAAGUUUAUAGCUCAAAUGCUGGAUAUUCGCAAAGUGGAGCCCUUCAAAAUCCCCGUUGAGAUCAAAGCAGAACUCCGAUCGUAUCAGCAAGAGGGAGUCAACUGGCUUGCCUUCCUUAACCGUUAUCAUCUACACGGUAUCCUGUGUGACGACAUGGGUCUUGGCAAGACGCUGCAAACAAUCUGCAUUGUAGCCAGCGACCAUCACAUGAGAGCGCAAGAAUAUGCUAAAACGCAGGCUCCUGAGUACCGGAAACUUCCAUCGCUGAUCAUAUGCCCGCCAACCCUCUCGGGUCACUGGCAGCAAGAAAUCAAGCAGUUCGCGCCAUUCCUUUCCUGCGUGGCUUAUGUCGGUCCUCCGGCGGAGCGUGGGAAGCUGCGGGGCGAGCUGGAAAAAGCAGACAUUGUCAUUACGUCCUACGAUAUCUGCAGGAAUGACAACGACGUCUUCGUUCCUAUCAGUUGGAACUAUUGCGUUCUGGACGAGGGUCAUCUGAUCAAGAACCCAAGGGCAAAGAUUACCUUGGCGGUGAAACGCCUCGUUAGCAAUCACCGUCUGAUCCUGUCCGGAACUCCCAUUCAGAACAAUGUUCUGGAGCUCUGGUCCCUCUUCGACUUCCUGAUGCCUGGCUUUUUGGGAACUGAAAAGGUGUUCUUGGAUCGAUUCGCGAAACCGAUCGCCGCGAGCCGUUUCAGCAAAUCGUCAUCGAAAGAGCAGGAAGCCGGCGCAUUGGCAAUAGAAGCCCUGCACAAGCAGGUUCUUCCAUUCUUGCUGCGUCGUCUGAAGGAAGAAGUCCUGAACGACCUGCCCCCGAAGAUUUUACAGAACUACUACUGUGACCCGAGUGAAUUGCAGAUAAAAACUAACCUUGUGGAGAAGAUGGGAAGUACUGAUAAGGCUGCGAAAGAGCACAUCUUCCAGGCCCUGCAGUACAUGCGCCGCCUCUGCAAUUCUCCUGCCUUGGUCAUUAAGGAGGGCCACAAGCAAUACGAGGAAGUUCAGAGGUGGCUGGCCGCAAGAAAUUCCCACAUCCGGGACGUUGCACACGCGCCCAAGCUCACUGCUCUGCGCGAUCUUCUCAUCGACUGCGGCAUUGGUGUCGACCCCAGCACCGAAGGCGAGCUGCAGACGGGAGCCAACUACGUCAGCCCUCACCGGGCUCUCAUUUUCUGCCAAAUGAAGGAAAUGCUCGACAUUGUGCAAGAAGAGGUGUUGAAGAAGCUCCUCCCGUCUGUUCAGUACCUGCGCCUGGACGGCAGCGUUGAAGCUUCCAGGCGACAAAACAUUGUCAACCAAUUCAACACGGACCCAAGUUACGACGUCUUGCUUCUGACGACAAGUGUUGGUGGACUGGGCCUUAAUCUGACCGGAGCGGACACUGUUAUUUUCGUGGAGCAUGACUGGAAUCCUCAAAAGGACAUCCAGGCUAUGGACCGUGCCCACCGCAUCGGCCAGAAGAAGGUUGUCAAUGUUUACCGAUUGAUCACGAGAGGAACCUUGGAGGAGAAGAUUCUGAAUCUUCAACGUUUCAAGAUCGACGUUGCCUCUACCGUGGUCAAUCAACAAAACGCCGGGCUGGGCACUAUGGACACGGAUCAACUCUUGGAUCUCUUCAACUUGGGCGAGACGGCAGAAGGGGCCGAGAAGCCUGGUCAGGACGCUGCUGCAGGCAACGAAGUUGACAUGGUCGACAUUGAUGGCGAAGUCAAGGAGAAAGGCAAGAAAGGCUGGCUGGAUGAUCUCGGCGAGCUCUGGGAUGAUCGCCAGUACCAAGAGGAGUAUAAUCUGGACUCAUUCUUGGCCAGCAUGAAGGGAUGA